AUCGAGCCCUAACCGGACUGGGCAGGGAGAGAGGAGAGAAGGCGGGGGCGGAUCUGAGCCGAACAAGAGCAUCGAGAGUCAUGGCGGCUGCAGUGAGUGUGUGGGAGGGGCUGUACCGCGUCCUGAUGCGCCGCAACUCCGUCUACGUUACCUUUGUUGUUGCCGGCGCCUUCGUCGGAGAGCGGAUGGUUGACUCCGGCGUUCACAAGCUGUGGGAGUACAAUAAUGUUGGGAAGAGAUACGAGGAUAUUCCAGUAUUGGGGCAAAGGCAAUCAGAAUGAUGUUUAUGGAAAUUCUAAAUAUUUUCAAGGAUGCAGAAGGUUAUGUGACCCUGUUGCAGAUAAGGAAACUUUUUAUGCUCUCUAAUAAGGAACUCUAAGCCUGUUGAUACGCAUGUCGAAAAACAAGUGGUCAAAUUCUUUUCCUGAUCUACUGGUUGCGGACUGGCUAAACCGCUGUUGUGCAACCUUGCAUUAUGUUUGUUGUUUCCCCCCUUUACUCUCAAGAAACAUGGCAAAUAAGUUUCAAAGCUUUUUUGAGCUGCUA